ACCGGCAGAAUAAGCUACCCGGUCACUGCUUGCCUCGUGUUGCGCAACCGGCCAUUCACCUCCAAUUCAUACAGCAAAGCCUCGAGAUCGCAGCUCAAACAUCCGAAACCGCACAAUCUUAUAUCACAAACGAAAUGGCGGCCCCGAAAGAAGCAACAGAGGCGCAGAUAGCCCACCAAGCCCUCCUCGACGAGCUCGACAUCCACUCCAUCCACAAGAGCUUCCGCAACCCCUCCUGGAAACCCAACCAGCGCCGCAACAAGAACAUCAAGACAAUCCUCGGCGACGCCUCCCGCCGCGAGGCCUCGGCCCUGGCGACCCCGCAACAAGAGGAAGUCAGCGCCGCGGCCACGCCAGCCGGGAAGCAAGGCGACGACGGCCUGUCCACGAGCGGCGCCUCGACGCCCGCGGCCGGCAGUGCCAGCAACGGCAACAACAGCAACCCGAACCUCGCGCAGGCCUCGCGUAGUCUCUCGAAGCUCGUGCUCGAGAAGAGCCUGCGUCCCAACGGUGCCGCCGGUGGUUCGGGGCCGAGCGUCACGUACACCAACGUCGAGUCGGCGCCGUCGCUGGCGCACACGAAGCGGUAUUGCGAUAUCACGGGGUUGCCGGCGCCGUACAUUGAUCCCAAGACGCGGUUGAGAUAUCACGACAAGGAGGUGUUCGGGCUCAUUCGGACUCUGCCGCAGGGCGCGGCUGAGCAGUACCUCGAGGCACGUGGUGCACAUACUGUUCUCAAAUAAGGAGUGUCUACAGCUUUGCAUCUUAUGGACUAGCCAGACAACGGCGGCGGCAGCAGGAGGCAGGAGACAUGAUGGUGUCACUUUUCACGGUUCGGGCGUUACUGGAGGUCAAGACUGUGGUCAUAAACCAAGUUUCGGAGUCACUGGGGGUUUCAAGCGGAAUAAGUCUUUUUCAAUCAAGACGAUGAGUAUAUAUCAUACGAAUGAGCUAUCAGGUUUGGGAAAUCUAUGAAUGUGCGACCAACAA